GGCAGUUCCGUCUCCCUUCUUCGCCUUCUCAGUCAAGCUAAAACCUCGCUCGCCUCGUCCAGUCAGACAUGGCAUGAAACCCUAGGGCGCCCGCCUCCCCUCCGCAAUUUGCCAUUGCGCUCCGCGAUGCAGGCAUCCGCGCGCCUCUCCUACUCCGUGGCCUCCAGGAAAGUGAUCGCGGGUGUCUCUAUCGCGCCCCCACGGUCGUGCUAUCGGACCUCCCGAGGGAAGGCGCAUGCGGCGCCGCUGCCUGCGCAGGAGCCGCCACCGAAGGGGCUGAAGAGGAUUACAAAGCAGGAGCGGAGGGUUCGAAUAGUGGAAUUUGUUGAGAAUUAUAGGGCUUCAAACGAAGGCAAGUUUCCUACUGUAAAAAAUAUCUGUCAGCAAAUUGGAGGUGGUUACUAUGCAGUGCGUGAGUUACUUCAAGAAAUGAAAUAUAAUCAUGCAAAAUUACCACUGGGUAAUGCUAAGGCAGCUCCACUUCAAACAACAGUUGAAGUCACUGAACACCCCAUGCCUAAGGAUGAAGCUAGAGUGGUUGAAAGUCAAGGAAUACUAGAAGUUUCUGAGCACUCCAUGGCCAAGGAUGAUGCUGAAGUGGCUCAACCUCAAGGAACAGCUGAAGUUUUUGAGCACUUCUUAUCUAAAGAUGAAGGUAAGGUGGCUCAGUGUCAAGGAACGUUUCACUUUCCUGAGCACUCAAGACCUAAGGAUGACAGUGGAAAGACUGCUCGACAUGAUAUGGACACUUCAGAAACCUGUAAGACUGCAGAUGCCCCAGCUUUAUCUGAUCUAACAGAGAAUGAGGGAAUUUUAUCUGACCAAACAGAGAGUGAGGACAAACCAGAUCCUGGAAAUCAGCAAAGAGAAAUAGAAGCUAACAAAUUUGAUUUGAAGAAUUUCGAAAAAAAUCUGAAUGCAAAUGAUUCAAACGCAUCAGAUCAAAGUGGAAGUGAUACGGUGAAUGAGGCAAAGACACAUGCCAGGGGAGACAACCCAAAGCUUGAGGAAUCCGCGAACACGGGUCUUUUGGGCAGCCUGAGAUCUUUUGCUUAUGGCAUCAGAAACUUCUGGAAAAAUAUGUAAAUCUGUUGUUUUUUUGCCGUGAGUCACCUAAAAUUGAAAAGGCUACAGAAUCGAGAACUUGCCUCUUUGUCACGGGCUUUUGGUUGCAUAGGAUCGGAGAGGAGAGGGCUUUUGGUUGGAGAGGAUUGAUGGUUUGUUUGGGAGCAAGGGGAGAGCCUCUCCAAUUCACUUGCUCCCAAACAAAACAAGCCAUGAGACAAUCCCUUGCUAUUACUAGUAAGAGAUUAUGUCUCUAAAUUCCCUUCAAUCCUUAUGCAAUAAAAGCCCCAAGCGUUUGUGAUACUGGAUCAAUUUGUAAAGUUCUUUUUGUGUCACACCAAAUGGUCAUGUUCCGCUAUGACGUUUCGAUAAAGCUAGAUAGGAGUAUUAUUAGUACUGCCCCUGUUGUGGCCCAAGUUCACAUGGUAUUUAAGUGUUGGUGGUAUCU